AUGCCUUCUCCCAAGACUUGUGCCCAGGGUUCGUCUUCCUCAGUUCCUCCUGAUUACAUUAUUGGGACUGGGGUUGAUAAACAUGCUAUCAAGGUUCGGAGUAAGCUCUACCCAUUUGCCCAAAAAAAUUUGGACGAAAAUGUCCUCCAUUUGUUUGAGAACACCCUGGUUCUAGGACCCCACUGUGUUUCCAAAGCACUUCUGCACUGGCCUCUCACUCCUGGGCUUCUUCCAAGAUACGUAGCUCAGUGGAGGAGGGCUGGAAUCUACGAUGCCAUUCUUCUGUUGAAGCAAUCCGUCAACAGGGAUGAGAAUCUUCUGGAUGAUGCCCUCUGUUUCUGGAAUUCUAUCAGCAACACGCAUCUGGCGGAGGCUCUGCACAAUCAUACUGAUGUGGGGUUUGGACCAGUUCUGGCCACCCUGGAGAAUCCCCUGAACCUAUCGGUGCCUGGUGCAUUCUGGAUGAUCCAGAUCUGGCUGCAGGUUUACUUCCCAAAAUUGAGGUUUCUAGACAUAAUUCUGCCUGAAAACCAAGUUCUGGCCCUCCCUCUGAUUUCGACAAAAGUGCCGAAGCGUUCAAUCGAGGAUUACCUGAUGUUUUUCGGGUAUUGUACUAAGAGGUCAGUAGCUCAGUGGCAGGUGGUGAUCAGAAGGACCUAUCCUUGGUUCCGGCCUGGAUACGGGCUGUUUGAGAAGGGGCCAGAAGAGGAAACAGCCAGAAUUGACUUUAGGAAGAAGUUCCUGCAUGUCACCCUGCCAAGAGAUCUGCCCCAUGGUGGUGGAAAGCCUCUAAAUUAUCAUUUGGGGGCAGAAGUCUAUCAUCCCAACUUCUGUGCAAGACAACUUGGUUGCCCUCAGCUCAUCCCACUCAAAUCUUACAGGAGCUACAAUCGGGCUACUUCCUGGAGAGGUGCAGAUGAUCUGAAAGUGCACAAGGAUGCCAGAUGUGCAGUAAAUAAGAUAAACAACAGCGCAAAUGCUCUUUAUCCAACUUGGGACCCAAAUUCCUCCAGUUCUGCCGAGUUUGACGCUUGGUGGAAAGCCAGUUUUCAAGGCCUACCUGCCUCCUGCAUUGCACUAAAGACCAUCAAGGACAUCAAUGCUCAAGUUAUAGAAGACCCUUCCCUUACGAGGAACAUAGGUGGACAGUCUGUCCAGGCUGGAGAAGUAUUUGUCACUUCUGUCAUUGCUGUUGGAGACUUGGAGCUCCCUUCUGGAGAUGAGGAUGAUGAAACUCUGGUAGAACAACCAGUUGUUGAGGUUACUCCCUUCUGGAAGUGGAAAGAAACUGCUCGUGCUCAGGACAGCGCUGCCCGGCCUGCAGUUUCUGUUGAAAGUCCUCCUCCUCCUCCUCCUAAUAGGUCAAAAAGGCUUAGAAAGAGGACUAGAGUCGAAUCUGAUGAGACCGAGGAGCCUGCAGCUGUUCCAACUGAGACUUCUGGGACUGAUGAUGAGCUGCGAGAGGCUUUUGAAGCUGUUGAGCAGGAAAAAGAAAAAGAAAAAGAAGGAGAAGAAGUUCCUGUGAAAGAAAAAGAAAAGGAGAAAGAAAAGCAUUGCCUUGGAACAAAACAACAAAUCCCAAGGACGGAAUUGACUAGCUCGGAGUUGGCCCUCUUUGAAGAUGCAGAGGCAGAGCACUCUACUGCUGUUCUUGGAUCUGAGGAGCAGGCAGCGCAGUCUGUAUUAGAGCCUGUGGAGCAGGCAGAACUAUCUGUUGUAGUCCCAGAGGCUGAGGUGGAAGUAAUUGCUACCGUUCCUGGACAUGUGGUAAAAGUGCCUAGAACUGCUGGGGUCUUGGCUGUGAUGACCAGUCCUUUCAAACCUCCCAUUGUGGUUAUGCCUAUCCAUUCUUUCCUUGGUUCGUCUACUACGGCUUCUUUUGCUGAUACAGAAUUGGCAGAGUUUGAAGCCAUGGAUCUCGACGCCCAGCUGGACAAAUUGGAGAAGCUCAGCUCCACUCCUGGCAAGGCAAAAUCCAAGGCAGUGGAGGAGGCCAUGGAGAGGCUGAAAAUCUGGAAAUCCACUGAGGUGGAGCUCGAUGAGGAUAAGGAAGCUGUUGACCAAUUGAUGAAGGAUCUAGACCUUCUGCACAGACAAAACAUGGCUCCCAAACCUGUACUUGAGAUGGGCCUUGGUUUGGCCAGAGAUGUGCUCAACCUUCACAAUCGUUAUGAGGAUCUCAAGCCUACCUUCAAGACCUCCGGGUUCUGCAAAGCCACUCAUGAAGCCAACUUGGCUGAUUAUGCGAAACAGAAGGCAGAACUUGACCAGAUGGUUGCAGGGUAUAAGGAAGCCAAGGCCACUGCAGAUAGGCUGGAGAAGCAGAGUGCAUGGAGGUUCAGAGCAAGCUCAGGGCUGGACUGA